UCACCAAUCAGGGGGGAAAUAAAUAGCCACUUAGUAAGAAAAUAGAAUACAGGGUGGGCAUUUCUCAAAUGUUAUCAUUCAAUGAGAAGAAAAGGCUAAGUGGGCAUCACCCACCUACUGAGAGGGAUAGGGACCUUAUCAAUUAAGAAAGGUCUCUUGCAGAGACCUUCAAUAUAUAUAUCUCUCUAUCUCCAUCUCUCUUUCUUCAUUAAAAUCUCUCUCUCAAUAUGGAUGCAGCCCUCCAAGGUUUGAUACAGAUUGGGGUGUCCUUCAUAAGGACACCCAUGGCACCAGCCUUCUUCACAGUGUUGGCUAUGCUAGGAGGACUUUUGGGCUACUUGUAUGAACCCUAUUGGAGGGUGAGAAGGGUACCAGGUCCACCAGUCUUCCCUCUUGUUGGGCACCUCCCCUUGAUGGCCAAGUAUGGUCAUGAUGUGUUCUCAGUCCUUGCCAAAAAAUAUGGUCCAAUUUUCAGGUUCCAUGUGGGUAGACAGCCCCUGGUGAUUGUAGCAGAUGCAGAGCUCUGUAGAGAAGUUGGAAUAAAGAAAUUCAAAGACAUUCCCAACAGAAGCAUUCCCUCUGCCAUCUCAGCAUCCCCUCUCCACCAAAAGGGUCUCUUCUUCACCAGGGAUGCAAGGUGGUCAACAAUGAGAAACACCAUAAUAUCAGUCUACCAGCAAUCUCACCUAGCCAACCUGGUGCCAACCAUGCAAGCAUUCAUUGAACCAGCCUUUCGAAAUCUCCCGUCUUCUGAAGAGGAAGAUAUCACUUUUUCCAAUUUGUCCCUCAAACUGGCCACUGAUGUAAUUGGGCAAGCUGCAUUUGGGGUUCAUUUUGGUCUCUCCAAACCACCAUCCAGCAAUGAAGUUAAGAACAGUGAUGAAGUAUCAGAGUUCAUCAAUCAACAUAUUUACUCUACCACAAAUCUUAAGAUGGAUCUAUCAGGAUCUUUCUCAAUUAUACUAGGCCUACUUGUCCCCAUUCUCCAAAAACCAGUUCAACAUAUCCUUAAGAGAAUACCUGGGACGAUGGACUGGAAAAUUUACCAGACUAACAAGAAACUGAGCAGCAGGCUUGAUGAGAUUGUUGCAAAGAGAAUGAAGGACAAGGAUAGAGGUUCCAAGGACUUCUUGUCUCUCAUAUUGAAUGCAAGGGAAUCAGAGAAAGCCAUGAAGAAUAUUUUCACCUCAGACUACCUUAAUGCAGUUACUUAUGAACACCUACUUGCUGGGUCUGCAACAACAUCCUUCACAUUGUCUUCAACUAUCUAUCUGAUUGCCGAGCAUCCAGAAGUGGAGAAGAAGUUGCUUGCAGAGAUUGACGGGUUCGGUCCGCCUGAUCAGAUGCCAACAGCUCAUGAUCUCCAGCACAAAUUCCCCUAUCUUGAUCAGGUUGUUAAAGAGGCAAUGAGGUUUUAUACAGUUUCCCCAUUAGUUGCAAGAGAAACAUCUGCAGAAGUAGAGAUUGGAGGCUAUGUUCUUCCCAAGGGCACAUGGAUCUGGUUGGCACCUGGGGUUCUAGCAAAAGAUCCAAAAAAUUUCCCGGAACCAGACAAGUUCAAGCCAGAGAGGUUUGACCCAAAUUGUGAGGAGGAGAAACAAAGGCAUCCUUAUGCUCUCAUACCCUUUGGAAUUGGUCCUCGAGCAUGUCUAGGCCAGAAGUUCUCCUUACAAGAAGUAAAGCUUUCGCUGAUUCAUCUAUACCAAAGAUAUGUCUUUCGCCAUUCCCCAAACAUGGAGAAACCUCUGGAACUUGAGUAUGGCAUAAUUCUCAACUUCAAACAUGCUGUCAAGCUCAGAGCCAUCAAACGACAUCCAUGAAAAUGGUUGAACUUAGCUAAGCAAGCCUUUCAUCAGUAAUGUUGAUGCUUUAAGUAAACUCCUUGUCUUGGCCGUUCAAUGAACAUGAUGAAAUUUAAGUCGUUGGAUAAGGGUUCAGGUUUUGUAAUCUGAGACUUAAAAGAGUGAAUACAUAAAUAAUUGGUGGUGUCUUUUUCA